GAGAGCAUUACAAGGCAAUUCAGCAUAAACAUGCUAGUCGAACUGUGUCCCAUCUUCAGCCAGAGCCUUGAACCCCUGAGUAGCAAAAAUGGCACGCCCGUUGUUCCUUGUAUACCAGCUCGUAAGCCUCUGCCUAAGGCUUACCAAUCUAUGCUCCGGCGACGACCAGCAGUUCGUAUACUCUGGCUUCACCGGCACAAACCUCUCGACGGAUGGCGUUGCAGCGAUCACGUCGGAUGGCAUGCUCGAGCUGACGAACGGGACGCUCCAGCGCAAGGGCCACGCGUUCUACCCGGAGCCGGUGCGCCUCCGCGAGCCUGCCAACGGCACGGCGCGGUCCUUCUCCACCUCCUUCGUGUUCGGCAUCCUGUCCGACCAUGUCGAGCUAAGCGCGCACGGCAUGGCGUUCAACUUCUCUGUACUAGUGGACUUCUCCGGCGCUCUUCCCAGCGGCUACCUGGGCCUCCUCAACGUCCAGAGCAACGGCAACUCCAGCAACCGCCUCUUCGCCGUCGAGCUCGACACGAUGCAGAACGACGAGUUCCAGGACAUCAACGACAACCACGUCGGCGUCGACGUCAACAGCCUUCACUCGGUGCAGUCGUACUACGCCGGGUACUACGGCGGCGGCGGCGGCAGCGGCGGCUUCCGCAACUUGACCUUGAUUAGCGGAGAGGCCAUGCAGGUUUGGGUGGACUACGACGCUGAGGUCGCACAGAUCAACGUGACCAUGGCUCCACUCAGCAUGGCCAAACCUGCGAGGCCACUUGUGUCGGCCAGGUACAAUCUCUCAACGAUCCUGACUGAUGAUGGCCCGGCGUUCGUCGGCUUCUCUGCUGCGACCGGUGGGACGCUGAAAUCACGGCACUAUGUCCUCGGGUGGAGCUUCAGCAUCGACCGCCCUGCUCCGGCCAUUGACCUCAGCAAGCUACCGAAGCUGCCUCGUGUUUCGGCCAAGGACAGGACUAGGACCCUGGAGAUCGUCUUGCCGGUAGCAACCGCGGCAUUCCUCCUUGCCGCCGGCAUGGCCAUCUUGUUACUGGUGCGACGACAUCGGAGGUACGCUGAGCUGCACGAAGACUGGGAGCUCGAGUUCGGACCACACAGGUUCUCAUACAAGGAUCUGUUCCAUGCCACGGACGGCUUCAAGAACUCUAACCUUCUCGGCAUCGGCGGGUUUGGGAGGGUGUACAAGGGGGUGCUUCCUGCGUCCAGAACAGAAAUCGCAGUAAAACGGGUGUCGCACGAAUCGAAGCAGGGCAUGAAGGAGUUCAUCUCGGAGAUCGUUAGCCUUGGACGCCUGCAACACCGCAACCUCGUCCAGCUGCUAGGGUACUGUCGACGGAAAGGCGAGCUGCUGCUGGUGUACGACUACAUGCCAAACGGAAGCCUCGACAAGUGCCUUCACGACCGAGAGGGGCAGCACACUUUAGACUGGGCUUUGAGGGUCCAAAUUAUCAAAGGCGUCGCGUCUGGCUUGUCGUACCUCCAUCUAGACUGGGAGAAAGUGGUCGUCCAUCGAGAUAUUAAAGCCAGCAAUGUCCUCCUCGACGGCGACAUGAACGGGCGGCUAGGAGACUUUGGCCUCGCGCGACUCUACGACCACGGCGGGGCAGACGGCCCAAAGACCACCCAUGUGGUAGGCACCAUAGGGUACAUAGCUCCCGAGCUUGGUCGCACCGGUAAGGCAUCCCCUCUCACAGACAUAUUUGCUUUCGGCAUCUUCGUUCUUGAGGUCGCGUGUGGACGAAGGCCCAUCAGCAAGCAGCUCACGCAGGACGACGACAGUGACGGCGGCGCCUUGUUAUUGGUGGACUGGGUGCUUAGUCACUGGCAGAAUGGAUCACUCACUGAAACAGUGGACAUCAGGCUUCAAGGGGACUACGACAGUGACGAGGCAUCCAUGGUACUAAAGCUGGGGCUACUAUGUUCACACCCAUUCGUGGACGCAAGACCAACAAGCAUGCGACAAGUCACCCAGUACCUUGAUGGCCACGUAGCAUUACCGGACUUUAUGCCGCCCUGCCAUAUACUACCCAGCAGCAUGAUGAUUCCGGAGCAAAGCGAGGGAUUUCUUAUGUACAACAAUACGUCAAGCCAAAUAUUCAAGGCAAGCAAUGGGAGCAUGUCUAGCCUCUCAGGGGGAAGAUGACCUAGCUGUUAUAUGUGUGUGUGUCUCUCUCUCAUGGGAUACUGUAAUGAUCCAUAGUGUAUGUGAGAUAGGUUAGGGUAUUAGGGAUGCAAGUUGCGCACCAACUAUUUGAUUAACCUUCUAAUCCAACAACACAAAAAAAUAGCACAAAUAUGGACACAAGGUGCUAUUUGGUAAGGAAUAUAUCAAAAAUGCAAACAUCAUUGGAAUUGAUGCCGCCGUGUUCCCAGUUCA